AGCAAGUUAUAAUCGUGAGAAACGCGAUCCGAGCGAGUCUCACAUCUCUCUCUUUCUCUCUGCAUCUAUCUGGAGUGAACUGUUCAGCUCUUUGGUUUCAUCGAGAGGCCUAAAACCCGAUCUGCACCAAGAAGAAGAACAAUGGCGUCUUCUACGUUCUCCCUCACGUCUCCGGCUGCUUCCGUCAACGCAGUCACUCAAACCUCGUCGCAGUUACCUCUCACAACCCGCUCUCGUCUCCCUCGCAGAGUCUCUUUCCGUCUCUCCGCCAAGCCUAAGCUUCGCUUUCUCUCCAAGCCUGGUCGCAGUACCUACCCUGUGGUGAAAGCCCAAUCUAACAAGGUUGGUACCGGUGCAUCAUCAAAUGCUUCAGCUCCUGCAAAAAUUGAUGGCCCAUCAGCUGAAGGAAAAGAUAAAAAAUCAUUGAAAGACGCUUCAUCUUCUUCUUCACCUGAUUUAGCUACAGAGGAGUCUAUCUCUGAGUUCCUUACCCAAGUCACAACUCUUGUUAAGCUUGUGGAUUCUAGAGACAUCGUCGAGUUGCAGUUGAAACAACUCGACUGUGAACUUGUCAUUCGAAAAAAGGAAGCUUUACCUCAACCCCAAUCCCCUGCACCUUAUGUUAUGAUGCAGCAGCCAAACCAACCAUCUUUUGUGCAAUCAAUGGCUCCUCCUCCUGCACCUGCUGCCUCACCAGCACCUUCUACUCCAGCCUCCCUGCCUCCUCCAUCCCCACCUACUCCUGCCAAGUCAUCGCUUCCUACUGUUAAAAGCCCCAUGGCAGGCACAUUCUACCGCAGUCCAGGACCUGGUGAACCACCCUUUAUUAAGGUUGGAGAUAAAGUGCAGAAAGGGCAAGUUCUAUGCAUCGUUGAAGCCAUGAAGUUAAUGAAUGAAAUAGAGUCUGACCAAUCGGGAACUGUAGUUGAUAUCGUUGCAGAAGACGGCAAGCCUGUUAGCCUCGACACUCCUCUGUUUGUGGUUCAACCGUAGAAUCGGCACCAUGAGCAAUGGAGAAGAGAGGCUACUGAAUUCAAUCUCUGUGCUUUGGUAAAACAAUUUCUUGAGAGUCUUAAGAGUGUGUUCUUUCCGUUGCUACUGUGAAAGUCUUGUUAGGUUUUAGUUUGGUGAGGACGAAUGAGUUUUUAGUUUCUUAUUGGUUACAAAAGGAUGAGACAUUCUUUUUUUUUAUAUAAGCUCUGUUUUAUUUCUUUCUUUUUUAAUCUUUAUACACGGAUUCUUAUAUCAAAAAUAAAUCCUCGGCGGCGUGAGCUGAUUAUUCA